CCAAAUGAUGUAACACAUAGACCACUAGACUUUUCGAAGUUUUUGAUAGGUAGACGUAGAGGCAAUAGUCAAUCAAAAACUGAGAGGGGCUUCAUUAGAUAUAAAAGUCGGAAGAAGGCCCAUAAAGCCCAUUAUAGAUUUACUUUUUUUUCUUACUGUGAAUAUCCAUUUUCCACCUGUUUGUUUCUAUUCCUUGAUUUGAGGCCAAAUCUAGAAGAAGAAGCAGCAAAGAAGAUUAGCCAGAAGAGGUAAACAAACACCAAUUCUUUUGAUCUGUCUUAUCACGUGUCUGUAAUAACUCAAUAUAACAAUACUAUUUGGAACCUCUCCUCUUCUAAAUAUCCCCAACUCAUUGAACACAAACUUAAAACUUGUAAACAUUUUUCAAAUUGUUUAGAUCUCUCUAUCUCUAGCAGGAUCAAACAAAAAAAAAAAGCAAAAGAUGGGUAAAGCAAGAGGAGUAAAUAGUGGUGUUCAUCAAAGCUCUCUUGGUUAUCUCUUUGGUUCUUCCGGGGAUUCUCCUUCCUCUGCCGCUACAAAAAUGGGGACCACAACCACGACAACCACCACAACUACCACAGACGGAACCGGAAGAAGACCAAUUACGACCACGACCACCACCGUCACUGAUAAUAAUAAUAGAUUAGCUGCAGGUGUUAGAGGAAGUCCUAAUAACUACUUCAGAUCAGAAGGUCAAAACUCUGGAAACUUUCUCACGGAGAGGCCAUCUACUAAGGUUCGUUCAGCUCCUGGUGGCGUAUCAUCUCUUGGCUAUCUCUUUGGAGGACCAAAUGCUGCUGAUUCUGUAAAGAAAUGAAAGCUGCUUCCGACAAUCCAAGAUUUUUAAUUAAUCAAAUGUACAUCUUCCAUAAACAUGGUUGUUGUUGUGAUCAUUACGAGUUUCUAAUAGAAACCUUAAUUUCAAAAAGAAAAAAAGAACAUGUUACCAAUCUAAAUCAAAAAUAAACAAACAGUGCCCAAAUGAGAUCAUUUUUCACAAUCUACUCCUCAAAUAAUAUAUGUUCCAUCGUAAACUAGAAGCCGAGUCAAAUCAAAUCAUUGAUCCUGAAAUUAAUAAGGUGAAAAAAUAUUAUUAUCAAGUGCCAAUUUUGAGUCUCAAUCGGUGACCAUCCGGCAGAACACGACGACGGCUCUUAAAGCUCAAUCAAUCGUAAAAGCUUAGUGUGAUUGGGAUGUCUGAGAUCCGUAUUUCUUGCUUUGACACAGCUCUUAUAGAUUACAUCAAUGUUUCUGUAACUGCAGUGUGAUUUAUUGGAAUUGCCAGCUGUAGCACAACUAGAGAAGGAUCCUAAAUAUGGACCAGUUCACCAGCUGCUGAAGAUCUUUCUAACUCAGAGGCUGAAUGCUUACAGGGAAUUCCAAACUGCAAAUUCAGAAUGUCUGCAAAGCUAUGGUAACCAAAUUGUAAAUCCGUUUACUGCUCUUUCUGUAAACACGUCGCUCUCCGGAGAAAAUCCCUACUUUCUAUUUCUGGUGGUCCUUAGGACUUGUCGAUGAAGAUUGUGUCACAAAGAUGAAAUUGCUCUUCCUUGUCUGUUCUUGUGCUGUUGAACCUGUACAAUGUGUAUGAAGACAUUAGCAGCGUUAGAGGGGAGUCAGAUCAACCUCAAGGCGCUGAUUUAACCUCCAUGACCGAAGACUUCAAUUUCUAUCAAGGAGGGAGGUUUCCAGGAGAUUGGGGUUCAUGUCAAAGCUUGGAGAUGGUUAAUUUGGGUCAGAACUUCUUCAAGGGCGUAGGUCUUAGUAAAUGCAAGAACCUUCGUCUUCUUGAUUUGAGUUCGAAUAUGCUUACCGGAGAGCUUCUCAGAGAGAUAUCGCGCGGUUCCCUGCAUGAGUGUUUUUGACGUUGGCGGAAACAGAUUAUUGGGCUUAAUCCCUGAGUUUCUCAGCAAUGCCACAACCCAGUCUUUUUAUUCGAAAAUACACGUAUGCGCAUGCAUCUAUCAGGAGUCACACCAGUUGAAGCAAGAAGAUGGUUCACAUAAGGAGACCGAGCAAUGGCUUUCGAGUGCAGCACCAAACCAACGUUUAUAAAAAAUUACCUCUUAGAUAUAUUAUAGUAAACUCUAAAAACUAGAUGCAUCCAGAAUUCGCGGCAAAACAAUUUUCCUUUCAUUUACAAAUUUUAAUGGGCUUAUAUAAUACUGAAGUAAGGUAGGGCUAGGGCCAAAUAAUAGAUUGGGAUAAAAUAAACGAGACGGUGUGAGAAACGAACCCUAAAUUUCCUAAUCAUGUCGCUGAAAAUGAGAUCGAUCUUUGCUCAGGUGUAUCAAAAAUCGGUAUCGGCGGGGCAUAGACGCAAUUUCUCUUCAUCCUCAACCAAGUGCGAAGUGUCGAAGAAAACAGCUAUGGGGAUUUAUGUUGUUACUCGAACCCUAGGUUUUGCUUCCGGAUUUCUCGCUGGCAAUUAUGUAGUUGGUGAUUUUGAUAAGAAGCUUUUGGAGCGGCUGGAAGAGGAUAUGAGGAAGGAUGAGGAAUACUUCAAGAGAAGCGAAGCGAUAUUGUCCCAUCUUUCAAAGUUGCCUAGGUCAGCCAAUUAAUUGGCUUUUGCUAAUUAUUAUGUAUAAGAUGUAUGUGUCGUAUGGUAUGACAACUAUGUGUCCGUUGUGGUUUUGUCUAAACUGAAAUACUUGUCUCUGCAAUUGCUUUCUUUCGCUCAGUCAAAAUAUUUUAAUUUCGUGUGUG